UGGUAACACUAAUUCACGAUUAAUCUUCCUUGAUUUUGACAUUUACAUAUAUUUAUCACUUAUAUUAUUCAUUAUUGACUAGUUAGUAGGCGAAAUAAGAAAACGGGACCAUGCAAUUUACGAGCCAUUUACUGGCUGUGAUUCUUCUCAUAAGUUUGGUCUCAAUCGAUGGCCUCCUGCGCCGCUGCUAUCAGUGCCGAUCCCGCGGCGAACUGGGCAGCUGCAAGGACCCCUUCACCUUCAAUGCAACGGACGUGGAGCAGGAGCCGGGAGUGGCGGCCAUCCCGUGCGCCAGCGGCUGGUGCGGCAAGGUGAUCGAGGGCGGCGGCACCUAUGCCAUCGACGACUACGACCUGGCCAUCCAGCGGAUGUGCGUGCAGCGCGGUCCGGACGACAACAUGGACCGCUGUGCGGACACCAUCUACAACUACAAGAAGGUGUACAUGUGCUUCUGCCAGGGCGACCUGUGCAACGGCGCGAGGAGCUGGUCCAGUGCACCUGCGAUGAUCCUCAUUCCCGUGGUGCCGCUGAUCGCCUCCUGGCUGCUCCAGCGGAUGCGAAACUAGACUCUGUUUGCUUUCUGCGCUCUUAGCCAACAAUGUGUAUAUAUAUAUCUUCCAAUACUCAGCAACAUUUAAUGCAAUAUCCACAGUUUGAUAAAUACAAACUAUUUUUGGUUAAUACUUAAA